AUGGCUGCACCAUCCGUCCAAAGCUCAACUUUCAUAUGCAACUCCAACACCAAAACUUGCAACACUUAUGUCAUUUAUAGACCUCAACUCAAUGAACCACUUUCAACCAUUGCGGCCCUCUUUAACGUAAAUGAAUCCCAGCUCAACUCCACAACACAUUUACGAGAUCGUGAGGUCGUCGUCCCUAUCGUGUGUGAUUGCCCUGACUCGUCGUCUAGGGUUGUGGUGAAUUACUCAAACAAUAACUCAUAUUCUUUUUUGGAUAUUGCUUGCAAAGUUUAUCAAGGGUUGGUGAAACCAUUUGUUAUAGCACAACAAAAUGGAAACUCUGAUGAGACUACACUCGUGAAAGUGCCAGUUAAAUGUGCAUGUGCUAACGCGUCACGGGAUACUGGUAGUAUACAGUAUCUUGUCACGUAUCCCGUUAUGGAAAAUGAUACGAUAGAUAUAAUUGCAAAGAAAUUUGGGGUUACCCAAGGGUCAAUAGAGGAGGCAAAUGGGUUAGACCGAAAACAAACUAUUUUUGGGGGUACCACGUUGCUGGUGCCAACAGCAGGUACCCCAGUUUUGGACUUGGAUCAUGUAGUUACUGGUCCAAGUCCACAAGACACAAUUCCCAUUAGUGGAGUCUUGAAAAGUAAAAUGGAGAGCCGCUUUUCGCUUUUUCUCAUUAUUUUUGCGUCAAUUUCUCUUUUUUGUGUAGUUCUGUUACUUAUCUUCCUAAGGCGAAAAUGUCAUCCUGACGAACCAUCUCUGGUAUUGGUAAGUGGGUUAGACUAUAAACGUGUGUCACCGGAUUUUCUUGAUGGGAUGUCAAAACUAAAGCACUCCCUAACAAGUUUUAGUCUUGAUGAGCUUAAACUCGCUACACAAGACUUCUCUAAAUCCUCAUCCAUUGGAAAAUCUGUAUACAAAGGCCUAAUUAGGGGCAGUUUCUAUGUUGCGAUUGAAGAAAUGAAUUCAAUUGAAUCCGCUCAUCAUGUUAUCUUCAUCUUGACAACAUUUAACCAUUUCAAUGUGGUUAAACUUGAAGGGUGCUGUUUUGACAUGAAUAAAUCUUACUUAUUGUUUGAAUUUGCCAAAAAUGGCAGUUUAAGAGACUGUUUACACGACCCGAAAUUGAGAAAACAGUUAACAUGGGAAAAGCGUGUGAAAAUCGCAUUUGAUGUUGCUGAAGGGUUGCAUUACAUACAUUAUUGCACAAAACCAACAUAUGUUCAUAGGAAUAUAAGUAGUGGAAAUGUCUUAAUAACAUUUGACUGGAGAGCAAAAAUUUCAGGUUUUAAAUAUGCUAGACCGAUAAUUGGCACCACAGGGGAGAUUGCAGAGGGUGAAGAUUGCUCAAACUCUAGGAUUGCUGAGACAAAAGAACAGUUUGCCCCGAAUUAUCCAGUAGACGUUUAUGCUUAUGGCGUCGUGUUGUUGGAGCUUUUAUCGGCAAAAGAGGUGGCUAUUGGUCGAAAAUGGCUGGAACUGGUCGAGUUUUUGGCAGAUGGGGAAGUUGCCAGUGGCUCAUUGGAAUGUUUGGACAAAUUUAAGGGAUUCAUGGAUGUGGAUUUGAAAGGGGAGUAUGAUACAGGGGAUGCAAUGUGUUUAGCACUUUUGGCCAAGUGUUGCAUACAAGAUGACCCUCAAAAUAGGCCUACUAUGAAUGAUGUUCUUAAGGCCCUAUCAAGAAUUUUAUGA